GGCCGAGCCGCCGGAGCCGCGCGAUGGAGCCGGCGGGCGCGUGGGGCCGCACGGCGUGCAUCCUGACGGGCGCCUCGCGCGGGCUGGGCCGCAGCCUGGCCCACCUGCUGGCCCCGCGCCUGCCGCCCGGCUCGGCCCUGCUGCUGGUGGCGCGCUCGGCGGCCGCGCUGAGCGAGCUGGAGGGCGAGCUGCGCGCCGCCUGCCCGGCGCUGCGGGUGCAGGGUCUGCCCGCCGACCUGGCCUCGGGCGAGGGGCUGCGGCGCGUGGUCGAGGCCGGGCGGGGGCUGCGCGAGGCCGGCCCGCCGGAGCGCCUCCUGCUCAUCAACAACGCCGCAUCCCUGGGCGAUGUCUCCAAGUCCUUCUCAAAGUUCACCGACCCCGGCGAAGUCAACAGCUACCUGACCCUCAACAUCACCUCUGCUCUGUGCCUCACCGCCUCCAUCCUGGAGGCCUUCCCUGCCCGGCCGGGCUUGAGCCGUGUGGUGGUCAACAUCUCCUCCCUCUGCGCCCUGAAGCCGUUCAAGAGCUGGACUCUCUACUGUACGGGGAAGGCGGCCCGUGAGAUGAUGUUCCGCGUCUUGGCGGCAGAAGAGCCGGACGUUCGGGUGCUUAACUACGCUCCAGGCCCCCUGGACACCGACAUGCAAAAAGUGGCCCGCACCCAGUCAGCAGACCCGGAGCUGCGGCAGAUGUGCCUCCACAUGAAACAGUGUGGGCAGCUGAUAGACUGUGAGGUCUCCUCCCAGAAGUUGCUGAGCCUUCUUCUUGCAAACACUUUUGAAUCGGGUGCCCAUAUUGACUUCUACGAUGCCUAAAAAAUUCUCCGGGAUCCUGGUUCCACUGGCAUGUACCUUUGUUUCCCAAAAGAGUAGGAAUCAUUGUGUUUUGAUUUUUUUUUAAUGAAUGCUGCAGGGAGUAAUCCGCUCUACAGAGUUUUGUAUCUGGGGAUAUUGUAGAAGCAUUUUGCAAAAGCAAAGCAAAAAAUUACACCAAGCUAUCUUUGCGUCAUGUGGGGAAAAUGUGGCUAUGCAUGAGAAUGUGGAAGGUGGGGCAAAAAGGAGAGGGGCCCUCCUGUGGGAUGAUGUAGCAGCCAUACAGGAAGUGCCCAAGAGUGGCCGUCUUGGCAUUAAGGCUUGCUGGGGGCCAGGCUGGGGGUGUCUGCUUACCCCAGCAGGGAAGAAGGGAACACCUCACAGCUGAGGAGGAGCUCCGGUGGAGCUUCUCCCACUGAAUUAGGAAAGAUGCCACCCAAUCCUUGGCAGCUCUCCCUCCGUGCUGGACGGGGGACUUCUACGUGACAGCAGAGAAGCGGGACUGUGGGACUGAUCAGCGCCUCUGCUCUGGUUGUGGCUCUUCUGCAGUUGCAACCUCUGGAGUUGUAAUGGGCUGUGAGAAUACUCUUGAGGAACAGGAAGACAGUGGUCAGAUAAGAAAGCUGAGCCCAGAGCAGGAGUGUAAUUAGGGAAAACGUCCCAGUUAUCUUCAACAUAAAGGCAGGGAGAAGAGAGGCGUUCAGACUUGCAAGAGUCUGCUACUGUAACGUAAUAAGAAAAGUCGGAUUAGCAUUCGUAACUCUGGUUCCCUGGCCUGGACUACUCGCAGGGCUGACGGUAGCCUGAGCAUUCCCAGAAGGAUGGCCGGGCAGGAAGCGAGUAGAGAGAAGACCUGCAGGUAGAACAGCAAGGGGCGUGAUGGUGCCAGAGCCAGAGGCGAGGCCACUGCGGGAAGAGGCUGGGAGUGGAGAGGAGUCAUCUGUCAGUUACUCCGAGGACCAGAUCCUGCGCCCUGGUACGCGAGCGAUGCGGGUGGAGAAGCAUUCGUUGCUCUUAGAAGCUGUCCGGGCUCAGCGCAGAGGAAUGAGCUGUAGGCCAAAGGGUGGUGGACCUGCAGGUCGGCAGCAGCCUGACCACGCACCACCUUUGGGGGCAACACAUCCUCUGUUGUGUCUCAUGCAGCUGCCUCUCUUUACGCCAGCUGCAACCGAGCUGGGUUUCCUUAGAAGAAGAUGGCACUGUAGAAGGAGCCGGAACGCAAGGCAAGACCCGACCUGCGGAUCCCUGUGCCGCCCCUGGUUCCUUCUGAGGUGUCUUUUAAGUCUCCACACAGAUGUGCAUGCACAAGCAGGAGGGCCUGACCCCUGGGCUGCAAGGGGUGCAGUGGGGUUACAGAGCUGCUCCCAUGGCCCAGGUGCCCCCACAGACUUUUGCAGCCUGGUCUGUUGUGAGUCGGGUUAGAUGGUCUUGGCGAACGGAGAUGACAGUGGGCCACUGGGUAUGGCCUUGCUUCAGGUCCCCUCCUGCCAUCCCCUGUUGGUGGCGUCUUUGCCAAGACCUUGGAGGAAAAGUUACAGUGCGUAUUAACUCACAAGGGAGCUUACCAAUAGCUUUAAUUAAUGAAGUCAUCCAAGUAAACAGUCAAUACCAGGAACCCUACCAAGAUAAGACAUGUUGCCUAAUCCCAUCAGCCCUAAAGUUAAUCAUUUAUAUAACCUUCCACUUCAUUUGUAUAACCGCCUCCUUGGCUGUGCAGAACUCCUGUAACCCUGCGCUUUGAUCAUUGUAUUGAGAACUGAUUUUUUUUAAUAAACCCUGCUCUG